GAAGAAAAUUAAUAAUAUCAAUUCAGUUUCUUUUCCAUGAUCUCUAAUUUGGAAAGACGUUGCAGUUUACUUCCUAUUUAAGACAGACGGCGAAAUAUCUCGACUCAAGCUUGGGUGUCUUGAAUGCUACCGAAAUGCAUUUUCUUUGUUUUUUUCUAACAGGAUACAUUUUAAGGUUAACCUUUGCUGACCAAGGCUGCGGUGUGACGUUAUUUCAACAAAAUAACGAACAUGUGGAUACAUGCUAUAGCAAUGGGCAGCUUUUGUCCUCAAAAGAACAUCUCACAAAUGAACUGCCGCAUCAGACAAUCUGCGCAGUAAAACGCUGCAACAUCUUGCGAAUUCUAGAGUGUGUCAAUGGUGUUUGGAAAGAUGGGCUGCAAACAUACACACACGAGGAAUGUUUUGUCCCUGAAUACAAGGAUAAGAAGGUUUACAGGAAAAAACGUUUUUUUGGCAGAAGAAGAAGAAGGAGCAGAUAUACACCUCCCACACCCAACUGCGGGCCUCCCGGAACUGUUGUUGGUUCGUCGGUUACGACGACAACGACGAAUCAAGGUGGUGUCGCUACAUACACUUGCUACUCGACUCAUCAGCAUAUGUCAGGGAACUUAAAGAGAACCUGUCAAUCAAACUCUCAAUGGAGCGGCGUGGAACCUGUUUGCGCAUAUAUGAAAUCUUGUGACAGUAGUCCGUGCUUAAAUGGGGGCCGGUGUUCAAAUAUCCCGGAAAGUUACACGUGCGACUGUCCGGAAAUAUGGAAAGGAUCGCGGUGUGAAAACGUCGCGCAUGUUUGUGCACGCAAUCCAUGCGUCAAUUAUGAAGAAUGCGAGGAUGGAGCUGACAUGUAUACUUGUAUCUGUCUGCCCGGGUGGAGCGGGCAAGAUUGCGACAUUCCUGUCGAAUGCGGUCGUCCACAAGGAGUUACCGAUGGGACAGUGUGGUACACUGGUACGACACUCAAUGGUGUUGCCACCUAUGUCUGCAACGAAGACUUCAACAUGACAUCUGGGGACCGAGUCCGAACAUGCAUGGCUAGUGGAGUAUGGAGUGGAACAAAACCGACAUGCCAAUUCGUUGCCAGUUGCAAAAGUUCACCAUGUCAUAAUGAAGGAAGUUGCGUGAAUAAGGUCGAGGACUUUGAAUGUCAUUGCUCUAGCGGGUGGGACGGAAAGACUUGUGAAGAAGAUGUCCAACCACCAAUUUUGGAAAAUUGUUCCGCCAAUUUGAUAGUGAACGCCACUGAAAAGACAAAACUUGUUGUCUGGGCCGAGCCAGUGUUUAGCGAUCCUAUGAAUUCAGAGUUAAGACUUUCCAGCAACUAUGAAAGUCCACAAUCCGUUUUUCCCUGGGGAGACUUUACCAUAACGUAUGCAGCAACGAAAAUCAAAAAUGGAUUGUGCACAGAAUGUACAUUUAACAUUUCGGUUCGACCAACGCCAUGUGAACCGUUGAAGCAACCUGAGAAUGGAGCACUUCUUUGCAAUGGAUGGGACAACGCGUAUGGAACGUUCUGUCUGGUUGGAUGUAGGAGCAAUUUCACAAUACAUCCACCAAAUCGAUACGGCAAUUGGCUUAUCUGCGGUGCAUCGGGGAACUGGUCCAGCCAAGCUCCGGAUUGCUCGCUGAAUAUGGAGAAAGAGGGCGACAUACUGGCGUUUCAUCCGUCCUAUACAGACUUUUCGUUCGAUGAAUGCCAUAACACAACCAAACUAAGACAAAUAUUUAUAUCGGAAAUGACGUCACACCCGGAUCUAUCAGAGUUUUGCCAAUUGUACCAAGCCUGUAACGAUGUCAACCAAGUGAAUGUUUUAUGUUAAUGGAUUUUAUUAACUUUGUGUUUGUUAUAUUUUGAGUUCAACAUUUAAAAUAAAUCAAACGUUUCAUUUAUUUGAAAGGUUAUUAUGCAUUUGAAAUUGAUCGUUUAAUUACAGGUGACUUUCAUUUACAGUUUGAAACAAGCUUUGGGAUAAAUAUGUACUUGUAAUUUUGCCUGUUAUAUUUGAAUAUGUUUUUGAAAGAAUACCUUUAUAAGAUAAUAAAUUUCAUU